AUGGCUAGUAAUCGGCCAGUCACUUCUGCUCCAAGUACCACUGUUCCAAGACGUAGUGCCGGAACAGCUAAUGCUGCUUAUGUUCAAAGAGGCCCCGAGAAGAAGAAUUUGGGCAACCUAAAUCACCUUAAACAAGCGGAUGUGGAUAACAACCAGGGUGCAUCACAUUCAUUUAUAUCCGAAACUUUUAUAGAAAGGUUAAACUUGAAGAAUGUCACACCUUGUGAGGCCGAUAUCUUUAUUCCUUCUGGUCUAAGUGUAACGUGUAAUAGGAUGUACCUAGAUGUUCCUAUAGCUUAUGGUGAAACUACUCUAUCUGCUGAUUUAAUAGCAUUUCCUUUGAAAGAUUUUGAUGUAAUAUUAGGGAUGGAUUGUCGUCGUCCUGUGAAGAUCAUUUCUGCCCUUACUCUAAAGUCUUAUUUGAGAAAGGGAUGCCCUAUGUACCUUUGUCAUAUUCAUGAUACGAGCAAGGAAAGACCAGAGCUCAUAGAUGUUCCAAUUGUGAAUGAGUAUCAAGAUGUGUUUCCGAAUGAUAUUCUUAACAUGCCUCCGAAGCGUGAUGUUGAGUUCAACAUUGAUUUGGUACCUGGAACGGGACCUAUAUCUAAGCCACCUUAUCGGAUGGCGCCUGCUGAGAUGAGAGAGUUAAAAACUCAGUUAGAAGAAUUAUUGGAUAAAGGCUAUAUACGGCCUAGCGUGUCCCCUUGGGGUGCACCAGUUCUUCGUGAAAAAGAAGGAUGGUACCCUACGAUUAUGCAUUGA